GGAGCAGCAGUUACCUGCACAAGCACUUACCAGAGGCACCUACCGUGGAGCUGAAGUAGGUCACAUACAAGGAUUAAGUCAAGCAGUGGUGUCUCUUAAACUAGAAGAACAAGGUGGCAAUGGAGGUAAUGGAGAUGUGCCUCUAGAACGUACAGUGAGCCGUGGCGUUAUGAGAGGCCGUAGAGAUAUAAGUAGUAUUGUUUGCACAAGACCUGAGACUUUGUAUGACAAGAAAGGUACGCAGGGUACUGCAGUGAAGCUGUUGACCAACUAUUUCAUACUGAACAAGAAACAUGAUUGGAAACUUUGCCUGUAUCAUGUAGAGUUCUGUCCAGAAGAAGAUAGAACCCACAUGAAGAAACGUUUGAUGAGACAGCAUAAAGAAGUCGUAGGAAAUGAAUACAUAUUCGAUGGCAUGCAGCUUUAUUUGCCAUUUAAACUGGGCAAGGAGGUCACAGAGCUAGCAUCAAAAAGAGAAGGUGAUGAUGCAAUUUACCAAGUAAAGAUUAAAUUUAUCAAGGAGUUGGGUCAUCUUGACUCUCAGUAUCUUCAGAUCAUGGGGAUCCUUUUGAGCCGAUGCAUGGAGCUCCUUGGGCUUCAGCUAAUUGGUCGUAACUAUUUCAAUCCAAAGGCUGAGGCUAGGGAUGAUAAGUAUGAGAUUGUGAUUUGGCCAGGGUUUAGCUCAAGCAUUCGCCAGCAUGAACAGUCCUUGUUACUUAAUGUUGAUGUGACACACAAGUUUCUUCGUUCUGAGACUGCAUAUAAGUAUUUUCAGAAGGCCCAAGGGAAUAUAAAAGAGGUUGCUGGCAAGUAUCUUCUGGGCAAUGUUGUUAUGACAAAAUACAAUGAAAGAACAUACAGGAUUGAUGACAUUUCGUGGGAUACAACUCCUAGAUCAAAAUUUCAGUAUAAAGGUGGUGAAAUAUCUUAUAUGGAAUAUUAUGAAAAGAAUCUCCCUCGGGAGCUUCUUGGGACCGUCUCACCUCGUUGGGACGGGAGGGUUCCUUCCGCUGGUCCUCUGCCUCCUCGGGAGCGGGGCCCCGCUCCUUCUUUCCGCAAGGAAGAAGACUACGGGAACCAGAGGGGUUACCGGCUAACCACCAAAUCUUCUCGCCUGGUGUCAGUGGUUCUGCCACUUGCAUCGGGUCCCGUCCUCGGCCUCUCGUUCGCGGGAGGUUACCGAGUGUACGGUCGCCUACCAAGCGACCGUGCAGCCAGGAACCAGAAACCUUCUGACCCCGCUCAAGGGUCAGGUUCAUCGGCACGGGGCGGAAGACUGGUGAAACCGCUCACGCGCGACUCACCAGACCAGCUCUCGCUCUCGCGGCGACCAGCUGGCCUACCCGGGGACGUGACGGUCCACGACCGGCCCACGGGCUGA